GUGAACUGUGUCUCUCGGAUCACCGAUCACGGAAAAAGCCGAGGAUGUCGGCUCGGUCAUGUGAUCAGCUGUGUCCAAUCACAGCUGAUCAAAUGGAACAUGUACACUGAUCAUCAGGGCACUGAUGAUCACUGUGCCCUGAUGAUCAGUGUAGCCCCAGCAGUGCCACCUGUCAGUGUCCAUCAGUGCCUUGUGUCAGUGCCCAUCAGUGUCACAUCAAUGCCACAUAUCAGUGCCUACCAGUGCACAUCAAUACCACAUAUCAGUGCCCAUCUGAGCUGCCUUUCAGUGUCACCCAUCAGUGCCAGUCAGUGCCACCUAUCAAUGUCAAUCAGUGUUGCAUGACCACGCAAUUGUCAUU